AUGCGGGCGUCAGUGGCAGGCUGGAAGAUGAACUUGGGUGCCCUCCUUAACGGACUUUUGGUCUCUGUAGUUGCAGCUCUGCUGUGGAAGUACUCCAAGCUGAGUGAGCAUGCCGCUCAGCUAGAGGAGGAGCUCCAUAUGACACAACAGUCCCAGGAGGUCUCUCAGGCCCGCAUCGACUACCACGUGGCCCUGCAGUCCCUCCAGGAGCACGGCACUCGAAUGGUUUGCUCUGGCAAGAUGCACACGGACCGCGUCUGCCGCUUUGACUAUCUGUGCUACUCCUCAGAAGCAGAGGAGUUCAUGUUCUUCCACUCCAACUCCUCCUUCAUGCUGCCUAAUCUGGGCUCUAGGCGCUUUCAGCCCGCUCUACUGGACUUGUCUUCAGUAGAGGACCACAACACUCAGUACUUUAACUUUUUAGAGCUCCCAGCUGCAGCGUUAAAGUUCAUGCCGAAGCCCGUUUUUGUUCCAGAUGUGACUCUGAUCCUGAACAGGUUUAAUCCCGAUAACUUGAUGCAUGUUUUCCAUGACGACCUCCUCCCAGCCUUCUAUACCAUGAAGCAGUAUUCAGACCUGGAUGACGAGGCUCGUCUCGUGUUCAUGGAGGGCUGGGGGGAAGGGCCGUACCUUGAUCUCUACCGCCUUCUCAGCACCAAGCAGCCGCUGCUGAAGGAGCAGCUGAAGAACUUUGGGAAACUGAUGUGUUUCACCAAAUCUUACGUCGGCUUGUCCAAAAUGACUACCUGGUACCAGUACGGGUUUGUCCAGCCGCAAGGCCCCAAAGCCAACAUUUUGGUCUCAGGGAAUGAGAUCAGGCAGUUUGCCAAGGCUCUUAUGGAAAGAAUGAACAUCACCUUGUUGGAGGAGGCGGGGAGAUAUGGAGGAAGCUCCGAGCAAGAAAAGGAGAGGGAGAAGAAAGAGGACUAUAUUGUAGUUUUUAGCCGUUCAACAACAAGGCUGAUUCUGAAUGAAGCAGAGCUAGUCAUGGCUCUGGCCCAGGAGUUCCAGAUGAGAGUGGUCACAGUGUCUUUGGAGGACCAGUCUUUCUCCAGUAUCAUCCAGAUGAUCAGUGGAGCCUUCAUGUUGGUCAGCAUGCACGGAGCUCAGCUGAUCUCCUCACUGUUCCUCCCCAGAGGUGCUGCCGUUGUAGAGCUGUUUCCCUUUGCUGUCAACCCAGAGCAGUACACCCCGUACAAAACCCUCGCCUCCCUCCCAGGCAUGGACCUUCACUACGUCUCCUGGAGGAACACCAAGGAGGCGAACACCGUCACCCAUCCAAAUAGACCCUGGGAGCAGGGCGGCAUUGUCCACUUGGAAAAAGAGGAGCAGGAGCGAAUCCUGGCAAGUAAAGAUGUCCCUAGGCAUCUGUGCUGUCGUAACCCGGAGUGGCUCUUCCGAAUCUACCAGGACACUUUAGUGGACAUCCCCUCAUUUCUCAGUGUUCUCAAAGAUGCAAUGAAGACGAGGCCCAACUCGAAAAAGGCCAAGACGGCCAGCACGGUCCAUCCUGGCCGGGUCAGAGAAGCCCGCUGUCAAACUUCGGUACAAACGUCUAGUGAGGCUAAACUCUCCGUCUCGUGGCAGAUCCCGUGGAACCUGAAGUUCCUAAAGGUGAGAGAAGUGAAGUACGAGGUUUGGAUCCAGGAGCAGGGAGAGAACACCUACAUGCCUCACAUCCUUCUGCAGCAGAACUACACCUUCUCAGAGAACAUCAAGCCCUUCACCACCUACCUGGUGUGGGUUCGGUGUAUCUUCAACAAGAACCUUCUGGGGCCUUUUGCGGAUGUGCUGACAUGCCGGACUUAAAACACACCCUGGAGCGUUUUGAUGCUGUCCAGCAGGAGACUGACGGGGUUUGCUGUUGGGCUUGUUUCUGUGAUUCUGGAGGGACUGCUGUGCACAGGGCUGCUUCCCACCAAGGUCUAACUACAGAAGGACCUCCAAGAGACUUCUAAAGAAGAACCCUGAAAGAGAAAGUUCUCUACUGACACCAGAUGUAUUUAUGUGGAGAUUAAUAUUUAUCAUUUCUAGGGUCAGUCUACAGAUUCUGACCUUGUAGAGGAUGCAGUGUAGCUCGUCUGUGACACAGUUUAGAUUUUUGACUUGUUUAAUGUGGACGUUGUGAGCGUGCGUGAGCUUAACGGACCAGUAGGUGUAUCAUACAUGUCUUCCCAGGACCGCUCUACAGGAAUCAGAAACAGAGCUCCAGCCUGGUCACUCGUCUCAUCCCUCAGUCUGCUAAACGUUAGCUCUCCCGUUUACUCCCACUGCACAGGAACACGCACACACACACACACACACACACCCCUCUUCAUGAUUUAAAGACGACAAAAAUUCGAGCAGCUUCAUUAACCAGCAUGUCUUUCAUCAGCAGUUUAACUAAAACUGUUAGAGGGACUAAACUGUGCAAACUCCUCUUUUUGGAGCUUUGGACCAUGUGAUAUUAUUUUCUAAUUAAAAAAUCCCCAAAGCCAUUUUUGGCUUCACACAAAGCUUUUUCCAGUCUCAGCUGCAAAUCCCAUCUGGUGUUCCCAGCUGUUGUAAAUGGUUGGAUAGGGCCAGUUUGUGUCAUCGUGGCCCAUCCAGGUAGCGUUGAACCCGGAUCCCUCCUCCCCUGGACUGUAAACACUAACAGCCAGUCUCUUCGUGUAGCUAGCAGGAAGUUUAAUCUCCACAUGAAGAAGUGAUUUCUUUCUUAUCUUGUCUUCCUCCGUUCCCACUUCCUGUUUGUAAAAUGCAACAAAUGCUGUUGCCUAGCAGACCGAGAGGGCGGAGCCACUAUCAAAUACACACACACAAUGACAUUGUGACAUCAUAUGGUACCAGCUAACAUUCUAGGGUACCUCUUAGCCAAUGGCAGAUUUAAAUUCAAAUGCAGUGCAGAGUUUUUACCCGACGACGGCGCAACACUGACAGUUUCAGGCAGAAAAUUACAAUUUUAACUAAAAUGCACUAAAGUGCAGAACUAUUGACGACGCGUGUCUGCAGCACGAUUAGACACACAUUUAUAUAGUUUAUCAGAGAAAAAACGUUGAUUUGGGGUGACUUGCUCUUUAAAUAAAGCCUAGAACCGAACAUGGAUUUCUCUGUGAGAGGAACAGGAUCCCCGUGCGGUCUGCCUGAAGAAGAUUAUUGACAGAAAGGGUUGGAUUGUAUCUUCGGAAACUCAAAAACCUAGCCAGACUGAUUUCAGACCGUCAGUACUGAAGUGUGGGACACCAUGGACGUGGGGCAUGAUGGUGAAUCUGCGGUCUCUGCGUCUGCAGCUGUGUACUAUUGUGGGCUUCACAUGGGGGAGGCGGGGUUUCAUCUAAUCCAAGCAUUUCUGGGUUGAAGGAAUGACUCAUGAAAAGGGUUUUAUUCCAUCUCAGUAGUGCUAACUGUAAUAUUUGAUCACGUGUUGAUGCAUUGGUGUAAAAUGACACGAUACAGACCCUUUAAUGGCUUGGAUUCUUGCAGCGAAGGCUUCUGUAGAAUCAUCAGACGACACCUGACUGGACCCAAGCUGGAUCUCAGGUAUGUUUUAGAUGCAUCUUCAAAUCAGCUUUGGUUAGAAGAAGCUCCUCUCUGCUGCAACUGGCCCUGGCUCUGGCAGUGAUCCUCAGGACCACCCUCAUAUCAGGAUGAACGUCCAUCAGUUUCUCUCCUUCAUCUUCUCUUGUAGAGUCUGAUGUUAGCUGAUGGACCCUCUGAGCUAACUCCACCUUCAUCCUACCAGACAGGCGAGGUCGGUCAGCAGGGUCUAAAGGGGCCUCGUCAUGAACUUCAGGAGGUGUUGGCGUCCUCAGGCUGAUGGUCAGUAGGUGCUGGGUUUGACCCUUCACCUGCAAGCAAGUCAAACACGUGCAGAUGCAGACGCGAGUCCUUCAGUAAGGUCGCAGUAGUUUAUAAAUGACUGGACAUCAAGCAUUAAACACAGCGGAAGCUUACCUGCUUCAGGCUGCCGUUCACCGGUGGGGGGCGGAGUCGUGCUGCUGCAUGACACCUGACUCGUAGCUGAAUUCAAGCACAGUACAUUCACACGCUGCUCGUGUCAUUCUACAUGUCUUUAUAGAUGCGAGUCUGUUCAUGAAGUUUUGUACAAAUAAACAUGUAACUAUGAUACACCUGCUAACAAGGGUCUACCUUCCAGGUACAGCGGUGUGUCAGAGACACACCUGGCUUCAGAGGGCGGAGCUUGUGUGGAUGUGCAUCAGAAGACCUCGCUCCAGCAGCUGUUAGCGGUGUCUACAUGUUUUCUGAGAGCGUCUGGACCAGCGACGUCUAAAGGGUGACCCUCUGACGUGUUUUAUGCUCCCCGCUCAUGUCUCUGAUGACGAGUGUAGUCUGCUGUAGACUACGAUGGAUCAACACGCUUUAACAUGCUUUUGUUCAGAGUUUUACUCAUUUGGAUAUGUUGACCUAUUUUGAGUUGUACAGGAUUAAAAUAAAAAAUUCUAAUAAAAUCA